AGAUGGAAAAUAUUUUGACAGACAUUCUUUAAUUUAUAUCCGUGAAUUUAAUUUUCAAUAGAAAAAAUAAAAGUGUUUUAUGCAUACAAAUUUAUUUAGAUUUAUUAACAAAAAUUAAUCCAAAAAUCUUUGCAAAUUAGUCACGCUAAUUUCUCAAGCAACACAAAAUUCACACACAAACACACACCCCAACAAUGAAACCAACAAAAAUAAUCAAACCAAAAAGUCCACAAUUUGCAUCAAAUGAGUUGUAAUAUUGUAAUCAAUUAAUAUUGAACGGGGGAGAGGAUUCACCACCAAACGGACUUGCACUCGAACAAACGUCGUCGUGGUGCGAUCUCUUCUCGUGUGCAAAAAAUUAAUAUCAAGUUUUUUUUUUUUUUAUUGAUAUUGGAUGUCACAAACAGUGACUUGGACGGCUGAUUAUUAAUUAUUAUAAAAGCAUCAAAAUGAAGUUCUCCAGCGGAAGUUCUACAGCCGUAUUCUCCGAACAAGUUAGCACAGUCGCCUCCUUGUUUGACAAAUGGAGCGAUUGCGAGCGAACAGUUGUCAUCUAUGCAUUAAUAAAACGAAUGCGCUACCCGAGUUUAAGAUUUCUACAGUAUUCACUAGAAAAUUCCUUAACUCUGAAUGCUGGAUUAUACAAUGGCAUGCCAACAUUCGAUAUAAAUGCCAACAGUCCGUUAUAUCUAGAAACAUUAAUUAAUGCAUAUAAAUCACUUCCAUCAAACGACAGUACAGAUAACACAGACAAAGAUGCCAUGUAUUUUGGCUCUGAUUUUAUGUUCAAAAAUGAUGGAAAAUUAUACAAUAAAAAAGAAGAUAUACUCAAUGAGAUCUUGGAAAUCUUACCACUUUUAAAGCCUGGCAGUGACGAAGCCAAAGCGAUUUAUUUAUCGCUUAUUCCAUUGGCUGUUGAAGAUACUGGCCGAGAAAUUGUUUCAACAGAAUUGGUGCAACAGAUUUUUUCAUAUCUUCUUAUUCAUCCUGCUAUUUCAAAUGACGACAGAAGGUCCCUAAACCAUUGGUUGCGGAACUUAGAAGAGAUUAUUCAAACUUCAUGUGCAUCCGCUGGUCAACAUAGUUUCUACGGUUUAUCUAAUAACACCGACAGAUGCUCGACAAAUUCAACCGCAUCCGUGUCGUCCUCAGUGGGUAGUGUCACUUCUAAAAAUGCUUGGCAAGCAAUCGCCCCUCCACAACAAUCAAACAAAGCUCAGCUACAAUCACAACAACCAGUGUCCGACACACCCGACUGGAAUGUCAGCUUACCGACCAUUUCCAAUAAUCUCUGUGAUAAUUUUAGCGGUAUUAAAAUAAACGAAUUAGGUUCUAGUCAAAAUAGUUUAGGACUGUCUAUUGGCGGAGCAGUGGGUGGCGUCAGCAUAAACAGUGCAGCCAAUACCACUCCCGAAGACCAUCACACAUCGUUCUCCAGAAAUGGAACAGAAAUAAUUGAUUUCGAUUCGAAUAAUACCUGCGAAAGCUGUAGCUGCGCCCAGGUUGGAUAUCCUUCGUCGCUGAAUACCUGUGAUAAUUUUAACGAAAAUAGCUGGGGCUUGGACGGAAAAAUUGCCUGCAUGAAAACCAGACGCUCAAACAGCUUAACAACGGCAAUAUCUUCGUUUGCAUCAGCAAAUCCACUAGUCACAGCAGUGAGUGGUGAUAACUGCUCGAAUUCAUCUGAGAAUUUAGCCCAAUAUGCUCUGAAACCGCGAAGUUUUUCACUUUCUAUCGAAAAUCCACGAUCCUCUAUGAUAUCUAGUGAUUCUGAUUCAAGACUGGAUGACAUCAAACCAAAUUACCUUAAAUUCUCUACACCCAACAGUGGAAUGUCGAAUAUUGGACAAUGGCUAAAAAGCCUAAGACUACAUAAAUAUAUUGAACUUUUUAAAAAUAUCACCUAUGAAUCUAUGCUGGAAAUCACAGAGGAAUAUUUGCAAGAAUUGGGUGUGACAAAAGGUGCCAGUCAUAAAUUGGCACUUUGCAUAGAGAAGUUAAAGGAUCGCGAAAUACAUUUGACACGAAUAGAACAAGAAUUACUAAAUGGUCAAUUAAAAUUGAAUCAGGCAAUUGAAGAGCUAGCUGGUAUUGUUCUCACUCCAAUGAAACCUGUUGAUUCGGUUUUGGAAAAUGUGGCAUUCAAAUUUUUAAGAGUUAUUGAUUUAAUUUCAAGUGCAAUUCUUCAGAAAGAUGCUUGUGGUCAACUUGACGAAGAAAAUAUUUCAAUAUUACUUUGGAUAUUGGAACGAACUAUUCAUGGAGAAACCUUUGCAACGCAUGUUAAUCAAUUAAAGGAGUUGAAAUUCAAAAUUGCUAAAUUGAAGAUAUCAUUUGCUCCAAAAGUACAUCAUCUCAAAAGUUCAAGCAGCAGUAAUCUAAGUAAACCAAGAUGGAACUGUAAAGGACGUAAAACUGAUCAAAAGAACGGCAGCAGUGAUAAAAUAAAUCGAAAGAACUCAACUGAUAUUAACUUUCAACAACAACUUCAAGUGGGCACGCAGCGAACAUCUGCGAGUACAUCUAAUUCAGCUGGUGGCAGCAGCAAUAAUCAGUAUAAAAGUUCUUCUUACCCAAAUUUCAUCAGUGGAAGUUCAAUUCCUGUGCAAUCAUUUCAUCAUUCAAAGCCUCAAAUUAGCCAACAAUCGAUGUUUGUCAACCAAACAAGCUUUGUCCCCACAUCUACCAACCAACAACAACAGCAGCAGCACAGACGCUCGCUCAACAAUUUGGUAGUAGUAUCAUCUUCGGGUCACGGAAGUUUGUCACCAUCAACUGCUAUCGGCUCGCCAAUGUCUCCAAAACCCAACGAAGGCAAAAAUCGGAAAUCUAUGGCAAAUAGAAACCAGCAGCAAUCUGUUGAUAUGCAACCAAAGCCAACAACAUCAUCAAAUGUUGCUGUAAAAAAGCCAACAAUGGAAAAAACAAUGGCCGCUGUCGUUUUGGAAAAUUUGGCGAAAUUAGAUCAACAUUGUAAGAAAUAGGCCUCCUAUGAUGUGACGAAAAAAAAUUAAAAAAAAGAAAAGAAAAACAAAUCAAAUCUACAUAUUUUCUUAUUAAAAUUAAAUUAUUUGCCAUUAAGAAAAAAACUAUUUGCUGAAAAUUUAUUAACUAAUUGCUAUACGUAGAAUAAUUAUUAAAAAAAAAAUAGCGCAUUGCGACAAUGAGACUGACUGAGAUUAUUUUUCAAAAUUUUUCCACUCAGACAACAACAAAAUAAAAAAAACUGUGUUGGUAUGAAUUUAAGGAAAAUAAUUGCUGAAUGAAAUAUUAAAACACGUAGCAAGUUUUUUUAUUUCCAAAAUAAAUGUAAUAUGUUAUAUUUUUUAAAACUAUAAGUAAACAAAAAACAAAAUUUUAUAAAUGUUUUACAUAAAUGUAAUGCUUUUUUUUCGUUGUUCGUAGCUUUUGUUAAUUUGAAAUUAAAAGAAAAAAAAAUUUAAGAAACAAACAAAUGACAAUGUUUUAAAUGUACCUUAUUCCAAACUUUUCACAUUUUUAUAGUCAAUUAUAUAUUUUUAUUUUUGUCUCUUUCUAACAUUUAAUGUAGACCUUAUUGUUAAGUGUAUAAUAUAUAAAAUUGUAUUCGUAUUAAUAAUAUUAUAUUAUAACCAUUAUACACACAUUGUAGAAUUAUACAUUAUAUUAUUAAUUAUUAUUAUAUUAAAAAUAUAUAUAAUAUUAGGUCAUUUUUAUUUAUAAACAAAUUAUUUUUUAUUAUGUUUAUAUUAUUAAUUUCAAAUUGUUUUAAACAAAAAAAAAAAAUAUGAUAAAAUAGACACAUUCAAUGUAAUAAAGUUAUUUUAUUUGAACAAAAAAAAAAAAAAAGAAAAACAAA